AUGUCCAUCCCCGCCUUCUCCGACAUUGCCAAGCCGGCCAACGACCCGUUGGGCCGGAUGACAGACGCGGCUGACCCUGCUUGCCUCCUACAGCUCCUCAACAAGGACUUCUACCACCUGUCCGCCACCACCUUUGAGUUCAAGGACACUGCUCCCAAUGGCGUUGCCUUCAAGGUGACUGGCAAGUCCAGCCACGAGAAGGCCACCUCUGCUGCUAUUGAGGGAAAAUACACCGACAAGCCUACUGACUCCAUCGAAUUCUUUGCUAACGCUUCUGCGUUUACAGGCCUGACUCUGACCCAGACCUGGAACACCGCCAACGCCCUCGACACCAAGGUUGAGGUCAACGACACCCUCGCCAAGGGCCUCAAGCUCGAGGGUCUCUUCAACUUCCUCCCCGCCACCGCCGCCAAGGGUGCCAAGUUCAACCUGCUCUUCAAGCAGCCCGGCUUCCACGGCCGUGCUUUCUUCGACCUCCUCAAGGGCCCCACCGCCAACGUCGAUGCCGUUGUCGGCCACGAGGGUUUCCUUGCCGGUGCCAGCGCUGGCUAUGAUGUUAACAAGGCUGCCCUGACCGGCUACAGCGCCGCUGUUGGCUACGUCGCUCCUCAGUACAGCGCUGCCAUCACCGCCACUGACAACCUGAGCACCUUUGCUGCUUCUUACUACCACAAGGUCAACAGCCAGGUUGAGGCUGGUGCCAAGGCCACCUGGAACUCCAAGACCAGCAACACCGUUGGCCUCGAGGUUGCCAGCAAGUACCGCAUUGACCCCGUCUCCUUCGCCAAGGUCAAGAUCAACGACCGUGGUAUUGCUGCUCUUGCCUACAACGUCCUCCUCCGUGAGGGUGUCACCCUGGGUCUUGGUGGCUCUUUCGAUACCCAGAAGCUCGACCAGGCUACCCACAAGCUCGGUGCCAGCUUCACCUUUGAGGGUUAA